UCUUCUUCUUCUUCUUCUUCUUCUUCUUCUUCUUCUUCUUCUUCUUCAAUACUACUAUCACCAUCUCUCUUCAACACCAGUCUUCUAGCGACGGUGGCGCCGGCGCCUCGGCCGCUUUCCUCUUCGGGCGCCGGCGGCUUCCUUUCAUUGAACUCUACUUUUUCUCUUUUACUUUUCUUUGAAACCGGUUCCAUUCCCGCCUCUCUCGAUUUUUCCCCUCCUCCUCAACUCACGCGAUCUCGUCCCUCGCCUGGAACACAUAUAUAAACCCGACGUCCGCCUGUUCUGUUCUGUUCUGUUGUUGUUGUCAUAUAUCAUUACUCUUUCUUUCUUUCUUCCUCCUCUCCCCUCACUCACAGAUUUCUAUCUACAAUGCCAUCCAUUCGCGCCCCUCCAUCAUACUCCCCUGUCCUGCUCCCGGCGAAGCCCGAGCCUCGUCGCGGAUCCUCGCCCGCGCGCGCGGUCGUCUCGGCCGCAAAGACCGCUCCCGCGCCCCUCCCCCCGCUGAUCUGCUACGGCACGCGCGAGCAGUCAACGGGAGCCCUCCUCUCCGGCCUACUCUUCCUCUACGUCAACGCCUACGCCGUCCCCAUGUCGUCCGUCACCCUCGAGCUCGUCCAGGAGAUCUCGUUCAAGCGGCCGGUCUCGCCCUCCUGCAAGUCCUGUAUCAAGCAGACCAACGUGCUCAAGCGGUGGGACCUGCUCUCGCACGACACCACCCUCCCGCGAUCAGAGUACGGGUACCCGUUCUCGCACCUGCUCCCGGGCGACAUGCCUGCCUCGACCGCCUCCGCGCUCGUCGGCAUCUCCUACCACCUGCGCGCGGUCGCCGUGCCGCUCGCCAAAGACCUCCGGCCGAUCACCCUCGUGCGGUCGAUCUCGGUCUUUCGCUCUGUGCCCUCGACCGACAUCCGCCGCUGUCUGCGCGUGUUCCCACCUACUCUCCUCAACGUCACUGCCUCCCUGCCCGCGAUCUGCUUCCCAAAGUCAGAGUUAAAUCUCACCCUGCAAGUCAACAACCUCGUGAACCGCGAGAAGCGCACGCGGUGGACGCUGCGCAAGCUCAACUGGGUGCUCAACGAGACGGCAAAGACCAAGCAGUCGGUGUGCAAGAACCACAUGUCUUCCACGACGCCGCUCGACGACGUGCGGGGGAUUUCCUCGGGCGAGAUCCGUCGGGGAUGGAAGACUGAUUUCUCAAACGACGGCCAGAUCGAGCUUGAGGUUCCUGUGUCGACGUUUGCCGACGAAGUCAGUCUACCGGUCGCCUGCAACGUUGCCGUGCCGGACAUUGGCUUCUCGGUUGAGCAUUUGCUUGUUGUCGAGAUGCUGGUUUCGGAGGAACAUCUGCCUGCGACAGGCCAGCACGCUACGACGCCUACAGGAGCGGCGCGGAUUCUGCGGAUGCAGUUUGCUGUCGAUCUGACUGAGCGGGGCGGGCUGGGAAUCUCGUGGGACGACGAGGUGCCGCCUACCUAUGACGAUGUGCCGAUCUCGCCGCCUGGGUAUGACUACAUUGACACCAACCAGGAUGUCGAGCACAUGGUCAUGUAGUGAUAUGAAUCUUCUUUAUUGUUGUUAAUUGUUUAAUGAGGCGUUUGGGACCUGGAUUGUUUUUGUUUCUGUUUCUGUUUGUUUGAUAACCGGCGUUAGAGUACUAAAAAUGCUGGCACAAAAUGUUUUCUUGUUAGUUUUGCUAUCAUUAGUUAUGCAAGGGAAAAUAGUCAUCUAUAAUAUCAUUAAUCACCACA